ACAGAAAAAAGAAGAAUCAAAACCUAAGUAUUGUGCUCUCAAACACUAACACACAACACAACAGAGACAUUCACAGAGGAUGUUUGGUUUCGGCGCUUCCACCACCACCGCUGCCACCACCGCCGUUUCCACUCGUUUCCUGUGUGCAACCUUUUACAAUCCUUCAUCUUCUCUCAUUUCUACUACAAAUCACUUUUCUUCCCAUCUUCUUCCCUCAACUUUGGUUUCUUCAUCUUCACAGCGAUUCAGGUGUAUCCACAUUAAAGCAAUGGCUGAAACUGAUACAAAAUCUGUGUCAAAAUCUGCUUCUUCUUCUCAUGGCAGCAAGCAAGCUUUGAUAUCAUUGUCAGACAAGAAGGAUCUCGCAUUUGUUGGCAAUGGACUCCAGGAAUUAGGGUUCACUAUUGUUUCAACUGGAGGAACAGCUUCUGCAUUGGAGAGUGCUGGAGUGGCUGUUACCAAAGUUGAACAGCUUACUCGGUUCCCUGAAAUGCUUGAUGGCCGUGUCAAAACUUUGCACCCGAACAUACAUGGGGGUAUCCUUGCUCGAAGGGAUCAACAACAUCAUAUUGAAGCUCUCAAUACACAUGGAAUUGGUACUUUUGAUGUUGUGGUGGUGAACUUGUACCCAUUUUAUGAUAAAGUUACAUCAACGGGAGGCAUUGAAUUUGAAGAUGGCAUCGAAAACAUUGACAUUGGUGGUCCAGCUAUGAUAAGAGCUGCUGCAAAGAAUCACAAGGAUGUUUUGGUAGUGGUUGAUUCAGAAGAUUACCCUGCCCUUUUGGAAUAUCUUAAAGGAAACCAGGAUGAUCAGAAGUUCAGAUUAAAGCUUGCAUGGAAAGCUUUUCAGCACGUCGCUUCCUAUGAUUCUGCCGUAUCGGAGUGGCUGUGGAAGCAAAGUGUUGGAGAUAAAUUUCCUCCUAGUUUGACAGUACCUCUUUCACUCAAAAGUUCACUCAGAUAUGGUGAAAAUCCUCAUCAAAAAGCUGCAUUCUAUGUUGACAAAAGACUUGCUGAGGUCAACGCCGGUGGAAUUGCUACAGCUAUCCAACACCAUGGAAAGGAAAUGUCAUAUAAUAACUACUUGGAUGCUGAUGCUGCAUGGAACUGUGUGUGCGAGUUUAGAAAUCCCACGUGUGUAGUUGUGAAGCAUACUAAUCCUUGCGGCGUAGCAUCACGUGAUGAUAUUCUUGAAGCCUACAGACUAGCUGUUAAAGCGGAUCCUGUUAGUGCAUUCGGUGGAAUUGUAGCAUUCAAUGUGGAAGUUGACGAGGUUCUUGCUAAAGAAAUAAGAGAAUUUAGAAGCCCAACCGAUGGGGAGACUAGGAUGUUCUAUGAAAUAGUGGUUGCACCCAGCUAUACAGAGAAGGGACUCGAGAUUCUUCGUGGAAAGUCAAAGACUCUAAGGAUUCUUGAAGCAAAAAAGAAUGAAGCAGGAAAGCUAUCACUCAGACAAGUUGGUGGAGGGUGGUUAGCUCAAGAUUCAGAUGAUUUGACCCCGCAAGACAUCAAGUUCAACAUAGUCUCAGAGAAGACUCCUCUAGAUGGAUCGCUUCGUGACGCGGAGUUUGCAUGGUUGUGUGUGAAGCAUGUCAAAAGUAAUGCUAUUGUGAUAGCUAAGGACAAUUGUAUGUUAGGUAUGGGAAGCGGACAACCAAACCGUGUGGAGAGUUUAAGAAUAGCAAUGCGAAAAGCUGGAGAUGCUGUUAAAGGUGCAGCCUUGGCUAGUGAUGCCUUCUUCCCAUUUGCUUGGAAAGAUGCUGUGGAAGAAGCAUGUGAAAGUGGAAUUGGUGUUAUUGCAGAACCAGGUGGUAGUAUCAGAGAUCAAGAUGCUAUAGAUUGUUGUAAUAAGUAUGGUGUUUCACUACUCUUUACAAAUGUGAGGCACUUUAGGCACUGAUAAUUUUUUGUUUUGAGAGAACUUUAUGUUUUAAAUAUCUUAGCAUUGCUGCUGAAAACUUUCUGUUUCAACUGAAACAUGAUUUUUGACAUCAAGUAAUAAUGCUUCUUGAUUAUGUUUUAGUAACUUUUUGUUCUUGAGAAUAGAGUGAUAUAUAUGGAAAUCUUCUCCUAUGAGCAGAAUCAAA